ACGCCCACGCGCGUCCCUCUACCAUCGGGAAUCGGACAUCGUUCGCGCCUCGUGUGCACCUCUGAACGCGAUUUCCUGUGCGGUAUCCGAUCGAAAUGACGCUUGUGUUCCAUGAUUAAAAGUGGAAGCUGCAACAAGGGCUUAGAAAAGAAUCUUUCGAUCGUGCUCACAUUCCGUGCAGUUGCAUCUCCUUCCAUUCUUCGCAUUACGGUGCACUGACCCUGCUACGCGCGUCGUGGCGUCUUCGAAUCUGCAGUCGAGACGCGUAAAUCGCAUAAACGUUGUGAGAUCGAAGACAUUUUUUUUUCUCAUUAGUCUUGUGCAGUCGACAGAGGUGCAUUCCAGUGUGGAUAGAUUCUCCCGUAGGAGCCAUGAGUUAUCAAAUGUCUUCGAAUCAAUCCAGACCAAUGUCUCAUGGAAAUUAUCAAGGCUUGGGUGACCUACCCAUGGGUUCCGCCAAGGAACAGACAUUGAUGUGGCAGCAAAAUUCCUACAUGGGUGAUUCAGGAAUUCAUUCUGGUGCUGUCACCCAAGCACCUUCCCUCUCAGGGAAAGAAGAUGACGAGAUGGAGGGCGAUCAGCUGAUGUUCGAUCUCGAUCAGGGAUUCGCUCAGGGUUUCACUCAAGAUCAAGUGGACGAGAUGAAUCAACAAUUAAAUCAUACGAGAUCGCAACGUGUUCGUGCGGCUAUGUUCCCAGAAACAUUGGAAGAGGGUAUAGAAAUUCCCUCUACGCAGUACGAUCCAGCUCAACCUACUGCUGUACAGAGACUGGCAGAACCCAGCCAAAUGUUGAAGCACGCAGUUGUCAAUUUGAUUAAUUAUCAAGAUGACGCGGAUCUCGCAACACGCGCGAUACCAGAAUUAAUAAAAUUAUUAAAUGACGAGGAUCAAGUCGUUGUAUCCAAAGCGGCGAUGGUGGUUCAUCAACUAUCCAAGAAGGAAGCAUCUCGCCACGCAAUUAUGAACAGUUCACAAAUGGUAGCCGCUUUAGUACGUGCCAUAUCAAAUAGCGACGAUCUUGAAUCGACGAAGGCGGCUGUUGGCACGUUGCACAAUUUAUCUCAUCACAGACAAGGCCUGCUGGCGAUCUUCAAGAGUGGCGGUAUACCCGCUCUCGUGAAGCUUCUAAGUUCUCCAAUGGAAUCCGUUCUCUUUUAUGCUAUCACUACCCUGCAUAAUUUACUGUUGCACCAGGAUGGCUCUAAGAUGGCCGUGCGCCUCGCUGGAGGAUUACAAAAAAUGGUCGCUCUACUUCAACGCGAUAACGUGAAAUUUCUUGCUAUAGUAACCGAUUGCCUGCAAAUUCUCGCAUACGGUAAUCAGGAAAGUAAAUUAAUCAUUCUGGCUUCUCAAGGACCAAUAGAAUUGGUACGCAUCAUGCGUUCAUACGAUUAUGAGAAGCUUUUAUGGACAACAUCGAGGGCCUUGAAAGUUCUGUCAGUCUGUCUCAGCAAUAAGCCAGUGAUAGUCGAAGCUGGUGGCAUGCAGGCAUUGGCGAUGCAUCUUGGUAACCCAAGCCAGAGACUCGUCCAGAAUUGUUUGUGGACGUUACGAAAUUUAUCAGACGCCGGUACUAAGGUCGACGGACUGGAAGGUUUACUACAGAGUCUCGUACAAGUCCUUAGCUCGACCGACGUAAACGUUGUCACGUGUGCCGCCGGUAUCUUGUCAAAUUUGACUUGCAACAAUCAACGCAACAAAGUAACAGUAUGUCAAGUGGGAGGUGUGGACGCUCUCGUACGCACGAUCAUUUAUGCAGACAGCCGAGAAGAAAUCAGCGAACCAGCUGUAUGCGCGCUUCGUCAUUUAACGUCGCGCCACGUAGAAGCGGAAAUGGCACAAAAUUCAGUUCGUCUAAAUUACGGCAUUCAAGUCAUAGUAAAACUUCUACACCCACCUUCGCGCUGGCCACUUGUUAAAGCGGUGAUAGGAUUAAUUCGUAACUUGGCACUCUGUCCCGCGAAUCACGGUCCGCUACGUGACCAUGGCGCAAUUCAUCAUUUGGUCAGGCUUCUGAUGCGUGCAUUCCCCGAGACACAACGGCAGCAACGAUCGUCCGUGGCAAGCACCGGAAGCCAGCAAACAUCAGGUGCAUACGCGGAUGGCGGCGUUCGAAUGGAAGAAAUUGUCGAAGGUACCGUUGGAGCGCUUCAUAUUCUUGCUAGGGAGUCUCACAAUAGAGUCAUCAUCAGAUCUCAGAAUGUGAUUCCAAUUUUCGUACAGUUAUUGUUUAACGAAAUCGAGAAUAUUCAACGCGUCGCAGCUGGUGUGCUUUGCGAACUUGCUGCGGAUAAAGAAGGUGCUGAAAUGAUCGAACAAGAAGGUGCUACUGCUCCUUUGACAGAGCUGCUUCACUCUAGGAAUGAAGGCGUCGCGACUUAUGCGGCGGCUGUGUUGUUCCGCAUGAGCGAAGACAAACCACAAGAGUACAAGAAGCGACUCUCCAUGGAACUUACUAAUUCCCUGUUGCGCGAGGACGCAAACCUUUGGCACAACGCUGACUUCGGGAUGGGCCCAGAUUUACAGGACAUGCUUGGCCCUGAUCAAGGCUAUGAUGGUAUGUAUGGCCAAGGACCCCCUAGCGUACACAGCAGCCACGGAGGUCGAGGGUAUCAACCGCAAGGUUAUGACCAGAUACCAGUAGAUUCGAUGCAAGGAUUGGAAAUAGGUGGAGGGUCGACAUAUGGCGCGAUGGACACUAUGGACGUAGCGCACGAGGGUGACCUGAGUUUCGAUCAUUUAGGGGAGCUUCCUGCACCACCACAAGAUAACGACCAGGUUGCAGCCUGGUACGACACCGAUCUUUGAAACUGUGCCAGCAUCGUAUUCUCGUCAAGAGAAACGGAAUCGUGAGGCUCUUAAAUAAUUUUAAUACAGACUAGUAUUGUCGUUUUACUCUCACCCUGUAUAUCAAUCGAGAUCGAAAGAAUUUUGACGAAGAAAACCGUGGAAUGAAAACCUCCUACGAAUGCAAAUGGUACCAGCAACGGUAUCGAAGCACACAUCACGUAUACAGACAUUAUAUAUGCAAACAGAAUUCGAAGCAACUAUUAAAGCUUGUUUUUACGCGAGAGAGACAGGGUACGAAAAUCGUGUUACACGAUCACUGCAGCGUCGAAUACAGCUGCAUUGAUUCCUAGAAAUAUGAAAUCGGUUACGCUAUAAACAAAUAUAUAUAUAUAUACAUAACUUACCAAUGUCGUACCUUAGAUAUUUAUAACAAAGAAGACAACCUUUGAACUGUUAUCAUAACGCGAGGUCAUCAUAACCGGUAGUCAAACGCGUAACGCGUUGUCGAGAAUAUCUCUGUAGUAUUUGACUGAUCGCGCCCGAUGACCAUCGCGCAUUACAAGUAAUACACGACAUCCAUUUUAUACCUUCCCUUUUUUUUACGUAUCUUCGAAAUUGUUAACUCGUCGGAAAAACAAUAUGCGACGUGUUUAAUAUUAUAGAUCUAAGAAUCAGGGUGAGAACAAGUGUUGCAUGUGCGGUAUAAGAUGUUAACACGCAUAUUCGAAGACCGUCAGUAUUUUAUUUAACACGUAUCAUUCGUGUAUAAGCGUAUACAUUGUAAAGCAUUUUCACACAAAUGAUUUUUUAUCUGCAACUUCGAAAACGUUUCCUUAAGGACAAUAUUGGUUUCGCGUACGGAGACCAAGUUUUAUCGAUUUUCUUUAUUUUAGGGACCAUUCUCUUUCAUGCGUCGAACAGCAUCAAUCCAAUUUGUUUGCAUUUCACACGACAAAAUUACCACGUGGCAGCUGAAAGUAAACGACUACUGAUACCAAGUGUUUUAUAUGUGCUCGUUGCAUUUCGCGAUUGUACUUUUAUAAAUCUGUAUUUAUUGUAAAUCCUCGAGAUCCUUGCUACGAAUCAUUUCUGACAUGUUAUUAAACUUAUUUUCUGACAAUUACGGACCACCGACAAAAGGGUAAACGUAGCACGUAACAAGACGAAGGUUGCUUAUUUCUUUCUUUUGUUUUGUUUUUCUUCGUUGCUGCAGACGUAACGAAGUAGAAUUUAUUUUUCUGAUCAUAACGUAUGUAUUUUUUCACGAAGCACUGGUCGAGAAUACGUGUACACGUUUGCUCGAUCGAAUAUCGAUAAGAACGUGUAACUCGUGGUUCCCCAAAUUCGUACUCGAAACAAGAGCCUCGCCCAGCUGCAUAAACGGUCAGAAAGGCGCCGAUCUUGUAUAAUAAAAUCUAGCCUCAAGAGCAAGAAAAAUAUUCAAUCGCAUACCGCUACCCUUGCGAGCGUAUGCAAUAAAAUGUAUGACGUAAAUCAAUCAAGACUUUGAAAUGACAAAGAUGUACUUUUGUCUUGCGGCCGAACUAACGUUGAUCGUUUUUUAAAAUGAGGAGCAAAAUGAACAUCUACAAUUCAUCAGCAAUAACAUUUCAUUUAUCGACAUAACGCGACGAUUACGCGUCGUAAUUAUGAUUGAUAUUGUCUCCUACGGGUAUUACCGUCUGAGUUGUAUGAGGCGUCGAACGAACGUAUCGUCGCUCGUUCGACACUGCCCGAUAUUGUCGAUUGCCUGAAUAAAACGAUUAAUAUCAUAGAUCUCCGAAAUUCGUGAAAAUAUUGAAUUGCAAAAAACGACUACCUAUUUAUACCGCUAAGCCCGAAACGAUAGUAUCAUUCUCUCGAGUAUCAGUGAAUUACAAUCAAGUAUAAAUAUAAAGUAUCAAUGAAAACUUUCACAUUACGUAUUUUACAGGGUAGUUAUACUUAAUUUUUAUUAUUAUCAUUAAACGUAGCUGCGCAAUCGCGGCGGUACUUUGUCUUGUACGACACACUGUACGCGCCUCCGAUCGCUGUCGAUGUAUUAGACCUAAGAGAGAGACACGUAAUUCGUACACACCAUGUAUAUGUAUCGUUUAAUUGUCCAUACGAAUAAACUGAACGAUUAAGUAUUCGAA